AUGACUAGUAGGAUCCGAGGGAGAGGUGACCGAGAAGAAGGUUGCAUAGAGCAAGCCUCACAGAUAGAGCAGUUUACAUCAAAGUCGAUACCUUCUGAGCCUAGACAGACCCUUAACUUGAUGUAUUGCUGCUUUGUUAAUGGGAUAUUAGCUUUUAGUGAAAGAAGGCCUCAAAAUGCUUUUCUGAUCACGAAUGAAAUGAUGCAAAAGUUCACUCUCAAAGAAGACCCUUGCAUUGAGGAAGCUAUAUACCAGCAGCUAAAUCGGCAAUAUAGGGACCAUCGACACAGGCCGCAUAAGAAUUAUUAUUGCAAAUAUGCCAUUGAUGAGAUUAGACUUCAAAAUUGUCCACCGGAUGUGAGCCCGAAUGGCUGGGCUACUCUUAUUGGUUAUUUUGGAUAUGUGGACUUCAAGGAAUGCACACUUAAACUUUGUUGUUGUUUAGGACUUUUAAAUUUUAGGUAUGAGGACUUUAACAUUGUUCGACACUGA